AUGGCGACCGAGGCUUACAAGAACUCAUCCUUCUCAAGUCCACAAUGGUGGAAAGAGGCCGUCGUCUACCAAAUAUACCCUUCUUCAUUCCAGUCGCACCCGGGCAACAAGUCAGGAUGGGGCAGCGUCAAGGGCAUCACCUCGCGGCUGGACUAUCUCAAAGAUCUGGGCGUCAAUGUCGUCUGGUCCAGUCCCAUCUUCAAGUCUCCUCAAGCCGACAUGGGAUACGACAUUGCCGACUACAAGAUGAUUGACCCCUGCUACGGCACGCUCGAGGACGUGGACGUGUUGAUUGCCGAGCUCAAGAAGCGCGACAUGAAGUUGAUGAUGGACCUCGUGGUCAACCACACGUCCAACGAGCACGCCUGGUUCCUCGAGUCGCGCAGCAGCAAGGAAAACCCCAAGCGUGACUGGUACAUUUGGCGCAAGCCCAAGAGCGUCGGCGCCGACGGCAAGCCCGAGCCGCCCAACAACUGGGCCCAGAUCCUCGGCGAGGCCAACUCUGCCUGGACGUACGACGAGGUCACGGGAGAGUAUUACCUCAGUCUUUUCACGCCCGAGCAGCCCGAUCUGAACUGGGAGAAUCCAGAGGUCCGCGCCGCAGUGUGGGACGUGAUGCACUUUUGGCUCAAGAGGGGCGCCGCUGGUUUCCGCAUGGAUGUCAUUAACCUGAUCUCCAAGGUCCCCGGAUACCCUGAUGCCGAGGUCGUGCUGAGCAAGGGACACAAGUAUCAGCCAGCUUGGAAAUACUACGUCAACGGACCCAAACUGCACGACUACCUGCAAGAGAUGCACCGAGAGGUCCUCAGCAAGUAUGACACCAUUACAGUGGGAGAGAUGCCAGGCGUAAGCGACGAAAAGGAGGUGUUGCGCACCGUCGGUGCCAAGGCAGGAGAACUGCGCAUGAUUUUCAUCUUUGACGUUGUGGACAUUGACAAGCCCAACGUACGCAUGGCCUUGAAGCCGUGGGAUGUCAAGGAGUUCAAAUCAAUCAUCUCGAGGUGGCAAAGAGUCAUGAUUGAGCUGGACGGAUGGGACUCUGUCUUUAUCGAGAACCACGACAACCCCCGCUCGGUAUCGCGCUACGCCGACGAUAGCGACGAGUAUCGUCACCUAGGCGCAAAGCUGAUUGCCCUCAUGCAAACGACCCUGGGCGGUACCCUGUUUGUCUAUCAAGGCGAGGAGAUUGGUAUGCGCAACAUUCCCAAGGACUGGGACGUUGAGGAAUACAAGGACAUUGAGACGAUCAACUACUGGAAGAAGAUGAAGGAACUGUACGCCGACGACGAAGAGCAGCUCAACCACGGCAAGACGGUCAUUCACAUGAAGGCAAGAGACCACGCGCGGACGCCGAUGCAGUGGGACGCCUCGGCCAAUGCCGGCUUUUGCGAUGCCGACGUCAAGCCCUGGAUGCGCGUCAUGGACGACUACCCGACCAUCAACGCGGCAGCGCAGACAAAGGCCAGCGACGACGACAACCUGAGCGUUUGGCAGUUUUGGCAGCGCGGUCUCAAGGACCGCAAGGAGCACGCCGACGUCUUUGUCUAUGGAGAUUUCCAAGAGUUGAGCCACGAGCACCCCCAGGUCUUUGCCUACACGCGGACGAGCGUUCAGGGCGAGAAAUGGCUGGUUGUGCUCAACUAUUCGGGCAAGCAGGUUGAGUGGUACUUUCCUGAAGAUCUCAAGGUCGACUUUUGGGCUGCCAGCAAUUAUACCAAGGGUCGCAUCGGCAAGCCACAGACGGCCAUGGUGCCUUUGAAGCCAUGGGAAGGUAUUCUUGGAAAGUGCAUUUAG